AUGGUCUCGACACCAGACGUUCACAAAAAGCAAAGCAUUCAGACAAACGGAGGACAUGUAGGAGAUGGCCGGUCUGUAAUGAAGUCUACAGAAACCCCACGCGAAAGUCUGGCGAAUACGUCUGGGCAACGUCCGGGGAUGCUUGGUCGAGAGAUGUUCCAGGCGGUCAAAGAUCUGUUUGUUAUCUUUUACAUCAUCGCGACUACGCUACAUCCACCAGCCACCAUCACGCAUCUAGUCAUAUAUGUCAAGCACCGUCAUGCUAAUCCUGUGAUUCCAUCGUCCUUGUCAGCUUGCCGUCGCGGUUCUAGUCACCUGAAGGAUGCGGCAGCUGUGGAUUGGGAGGAGAUAUUGAAUAACAUUUGUGUGUAG